CAUUUCUAUUACGGCACCUGUGUUCUUGCAACUAAAGGUGGGGGGGUAAGGGGGAAGGGGACGCCUCUUGCAUGAUAACAGAUGUCGCGAUGCAGAUUAGCCAAGCAUCCAGACCAGACCAUCGAGCAAUGAAACCUUAGGGCUAAUGGAGAUGGUCUUGAGGUCGCCACAGCGUAAAACCCCUUCUGUGGCCCUUUCAGACGUAGAGAAAGAGGUGACCUUCUUUACGAUUGUGCUCGUCACUCGUUGUCCUCUGAAGGAAAUCUUACCUCCUUUCGCCCUCGCUCUUCCUCUCUUCGUGGCCGCUCGUAGUCAUUGGAAUCCUACCGUAUUUUUCUUUCUGCACACCAUGACUUCCACCCCCAAAGCCAAUGUCCCCAAGAUUGAUGUGUCGCCCUUGUUUGGCGACAAUCUAGAGGAGAAGAUGAAGGUCGCACGCGCAAUUGACGCUGCCUCGCGCGACACCGGCUUCUUCUAUGCGGUCAACCAUGGAAUCGAUGUGAACCGACUCUCGCAGAAGACCAAGGAGUUCCACAUGUCCAUCACAGAUGAAGAGAAAUGGGACCUUGCUAUUCGCGCCUACAACAAGGCGCACCAGGACCAGAUCCGGGCUGGGUACUACUUGUCUAUCCCUGGCAAAAAGGCUGUGGAAUCCUUCUGCUAUCUAAACCCUAACUUCAAGAGCGACCACCCUCGCAUCCAAUCGAAGACGCCUACUCAUGAGGUCAACGUGUGGCCCGACGAGACGAAGCAUCCGGGCUUCCGCGACUUCGCCGAGCAGUACUACUGGGAUGUGUUCGGGCUCUCAACGGCAUUGCUGCGAGGCUAUGCUCUGGCACUGGGCAAGGAAGAGGACUUCUUCAGCCGCCACUUCAAGAAGGACGACGCGCUCUCCUCAGUCGUUCUCAUCCGCUACCCAUUCUUAGACCCUUACCCACCAGCUGCAAUCAAGACAGCCGCGGACGGGACCAAAUUAAGUUUUGAAUGGCAUGAGGAUGUAUCGCUCAUCACCGUCCUGUACCAGUCCAACGUGCAAAACCUACAAGUGGAGACCCCUCAGGGAUACCUUGACAUUGAGGCGGACGACGCCGGCUACCUGAUCAACUGCGGCAGCUACAUGGCACACAUCACCAAUAACUACUACCCCGCCCCCAUACACCGGGUCAAAUGGGUGAACGAGGAGCGCCAAUCUCUUCCAUUUUUUGUCAACUUGGGCUUUGACGAGACGGUCCAGCCGUGGGACCCUUGUAACCCCGACGGCAAGACCGACAAGGAGCCAAUCUCCUACGGCCAGUAUUUGCAGAAUGGCCUGGUUAGUCUGAUUAACAAGAACGGUCAGACCUAAGACGAGAGGUAGCCGAAGGUACCAAUUGAAUACCUUAAUGCAAAAAUGUCCACAUCUUUCGUAUUCGUCGAACAUAGUUUAUGCCGCGGCCGAUCGCUCCAUCCAGUAAAAGACUAAUUCCACACUGAAAGGCCAGCCUGUCCUUCUUGUCUUGUCAUAAUGAGGUCGCCAAUGGGUUACCUAAGACAAUGCUUUCUUCAGCUCCAAUUUGCCGAAGUCAUCACCUUGGCAUUUGCCACUGCGUGCUUC